AUGACAAACUCAUUCAACUUCAAUAACAUUGGCCAGCGUCAGGACGGCGUCGACAACACCAAUAUGCCCUCGCCGACCUCGCCGACCCAAGACGCCGGACAAGCGUCGUCCUCGUCUCAUCACCAGUCGGGAAAUGUCACCGUGUAUCCCACCACAGGCCCCGAUUCGUAUACCAGCCCGAUACUGGCCCCGGGGAGCUCUGGGCAGCCUGCCUUGAAUCCCAGAUCAUGUGUCACCUGUCGCCGGCGCAAGGUUCGUUGCGACAAGCAGAUGCCCUGCUCCAACUGUCGCCGCGCACAGAUUCCAUGCGUCUUCCCUGCGCCGGGGCGUGCGCCUCGCCAGCCUCGACCCAAGGACCCCAAUGCACCGCCCAAGACGUCGAGCCACCGGGAGGCCGAGCUGGUCAAGAGACUGAGGAAGCUCGAGGGCAUCGUGGAAGAGCUGAGCGGCCAGAUUGACGAGCCUGCUGCCCGGGGCCCCUCGACCACAGCCUCGCCGGACAUGCAGUCUGGCAUGGAGGGCUUGUCGCUGCGUCACAUGCCGGGCACCUUGGAUCACAUCGCUGGCCAGGAAGGCAGCCCGAGAGGGACCGACUCGUCGGCUGGCCACAGUGGUGAAGCCGGCCGGAAAGAGAAGCAGCCAAAUUUUGGUCGUUUGGUGUCGGAUGACCAACGAGGCACGUCUCGAUAUGUGAGCAGCGGAUUCUGGUCAAAGCUCAAUGAUGAGCUGGACGCUAUUCGUGAGGAAACUCAACUCCUCACAGGCGAAGAAGACGCUGAAGAUUCAGACUUUGAGGGAACGCCAACGGACUCGCCAUCCACAGGCUUUGGCAACAUCACGGAUCACCAGGGAUUCAUCCUGGGCUACCGAUCGGCGGAUGUGGAUUUGCAAAAAUGCCACCCGCUACCAUCUCAUGCCAGCUUCUUGUGGUCAGUGUACCAGGAGAAUGUUGAGCCUCUCAUUAAACUGCUGCACGUCCCGUCCGUCGAGCUCAUCAUCAGCGAUGCGAGGAGGAACCACGGCAAGCUUACGCCCGGUAAUGAGGCGCUGGUAUUUGCCAUCUACUUUGCAGCCAUCACCUCACUUGAGCCGGAUGAGGUUCAAGCCAACUUUGACGCAAACAAAGAUGACAUGCUCGCUCAAUAUCGCUUUGCCGUGGAGCAAUCCCUAGCCAAAGCCAACUUCCUCGAUACGUCAGAUCUUGCGGUCCUUCAAUCAUUCACCCUCUUUCUCAUAGUCGUAAGACGCCACGAUGAGAGCCGUUUCUCUUGGGCAUUGACUGGACUGGUAAUCCGCAUUGCACAGGGGAUGGGUCUACACAGAGAUGGCACUCAUUUGAGGUUGUCUCCGUUCGAGACAGAGAUUCGAAGACGUAUUUGGUGGGCAAUUUUAGUCUUGGACCUCCGAUCUGCUGAGGAACUAGGAACAGACAUGACCAUUAGCGAGCGAUCUUACGACACUUUGAAGCCGAGCAACAUCAACGACUCAGAUAUCAGCCCCGGCAGUACCGAAUUCCCCGUUCCUCGAGAAGGGAGAUCAGACUGCGCCGUUUCUAUCGUUAGAUGCGAGAUUUGUGGGCUCUCUAGACGUCUCGUCGCCGCUGCCUCGGCCAUGUCAUCUCUUUGUCCUGGCGUCGACCAAAGCAGCAUAGCUGAGCGAGAGCGCAUGUUGAUCGAGGUGUAUCAGCGUGUGGAACACAAGUUUCUCCAGCACGUUCUGGACGAGACAGAUCCGCUGUAUUGGGUAGCAGCCAUGAUUGCCCGCGUCAUCGUGGCCAAGAUGUGCCUUGUCAUCUACCAUCCUAUGCUCUUCCCCGGCUCCGAGUACGAACUCACAGACGAGAUCCGUCAGCGAAUUUAUGUGGCUGCUAUUGAGGUUAUCGAGUACGGCCACAAGCUCAACACGGAUCCUCGAUGCAAGCAGUACCGGUGGUUGUUCAAGACGUACACAAACUGGCACGCCAUCGCCUACACCUUGAUUGAAACAUGUCGACGCCCAUGGACAGCCCUUGUUGAACGUGGUUGGGACGCCAUCAAUGGCUACGACAUCGAUCCUCUUGAACUAGCCAAAAGGGCAGAUCACGCCGCAGUCUUUCUCCCGCUACGAAAGCUAUUCGCCAAAGCCCGCAAACACCGUGAAUCAGAACUCGCUCGCCUCAAAGCAAACCAAGACGAAGCCCGUCGGCUCGAUUUUGCAGAGCGCAUGAACCCAGCACAAGCACGUUUUGGUCCCGUCCCUGGCGCUGAAAACGUCAUGGAACAAAUGCGCGAGAAGUGGUGGUCUCUCGUUCGCCCAGACGGUUCCAGUCCCAUGCCGUCAUAUUCCAUCGCCCGCCAACCCCCUCCCCCUCAGGAGCCCGCGUCUGCGACAGCUGCCUCUGGCAACGAUACACUGAAACCACCGGGCAACAUCCCUGUACAGCUUAACCUGUCUAGCGCGGCAAUGGAAUAUAUGAACGAACUCAUGGCACAGCCAAACCCAAAUGUGGCUGAAUUCUGGCGGAUAGACAACAUUGCAAACAAUGGCGGCAAUCUGGGCUCAUCGGGGUCGGCUCCGUCUGCCCCUAUGCCCCUUCAGAAUGAGAUGAGCGAGGAUAUUCUUCGACAGCAGGCACUCAUGUUGCAGGCGCAGCCAUCCAAGGAUGAUGGUCUGACGCCAUAUUUGUGGAGUGAUCCGUUUACUGUGAUGAAUACACAGUUUGAUGUGACGGAGGAUGCGGAUAUGCUGGGGGAUGAUUUCGAUUGGCAGGAUUGGAGUCAAAGCAUCAGGGGGUUGGAGAUGGGGAGUACGCAGAAACAUGAGGGUUGGUGA